AUUGGUCUCGUCUGUCUAGUUGUCGAGUGUAGUCGGUCCUGGAAAAGAAUCUCAGGGGUUUAAAAGUUGCUUUCUUUUAGUUUUGUUGAAAUAAUUGUGAGUUUGCUCAGGCGUUCUGCUAAAAUUAUGGCUUCCUCGGAUGUAGCUCGACAGCCGGAUAAAGGAGCCCGGCCCUUGUCCCUAGCUGGCCAUGUCGGCUUUGACAGUCUCCCAGAUCAGCUUGUCAACAAGUCCAUCACUCAGGGCUUCUGCUUCAAUAUUCUCUGCAUCGGUGAGACUGGUAUUGGCAAGUCUACACUGAUGGACACACUGUUUAACACCAACUUUGAGAACUUUGAGUCGUCCCACUUUGAACCUCAGGUGAAGCUGCGGGCUCAGACCUACGACCUGCAGGAGAGUAACGUCAGGCUCCGUCUAACUGUGGUCAACACCGUUGGCUUUGGGGACCAAAUGAACAAACAAGAAAGCUAUCAGCCGGUGGUGGAUUACAUUGAUAAGCAAUUUGAGACUUACCUUCAGGAGGAGCUGAAAAUCAAGCGCUCUUUGCACAACUACCAUGACUCACGAGUGCAUGCCUGCCUGUACUUUAUCUCCCCCUCGGGUCAUUCGCUCAAAUCCCUGGACCUUGUUACAAUGAAGAAGCUGGACAGCAAGGUGAACAUAAUUCCAGUCAUUGCCAAGGCGGACACCAUCAGUAAGAGCGAGCUGCACAAGUUCAAGAUCAAAAUCAUGAGCGAACUGGUCAGCAACGGCGUUCAGAUCUACCAGUUCCCGCUUGACGAUGAGACCGUGGCAAAGGUCAACACCACUAUGAAUGGCCAUCUCCCAUUUGCUGUCGUAGGCAGCACAGAGGAAGUGUGUGUUGGCAAUAAGAUGGUGAAAGCUCGUCAGUAUCCAUGGGGCGUUGUUCAAGUGGAAAACGAGCACCAUUGUGACUUUGUGAAACUGAGGGAGAUGCUCAUUUGUGUAAACAUGGAAGAUUUGAGAGAGCAAACCCACACACGCCAUUAUGAGCUUUACCGGCGCUGCAAAUUAGAGGAGAUGGGAUUUAAGGACACGGACCCGGAAUGCAAACCUGUCAGUUUACAGCAGACGUAUGAGGCCAAGCGUCAGGAGUUCCUGGCUGAGUUGCAGAAGAGAGAGGAUGAGAUGAGGCAAGUUUUUGUGCAGAGGGUGAAGGAGAAGGAAGCAGAGCUGAAGGAGGCUGAGAGGGAGCUGCAGGGUCGUUUUGAGCAGCUGAAGCGUCUGCAUGCGGACGAGAAAGCAGCUCUUGAGGAGAAGAAGCGUCUUCUGGACAACGACCUGACUUCUUUCGGGAAUAGAAGAACUGCGGCUGCGCUGCUUCAGCCCCCGGGCUUCACGGUCAACGGGAAGAAAGACAAGGACCGGAAGAAUUCUGGCUUCAUGUGAAGACGUAAGAGGUCUGAAGUGCACAUCAUUAUGACCAGUGUAACCGGUGGCCUUUUGUCCACAUUCUUUUAAGCCAGUCCAAGACACUAACGA